AUGUCACAACACUUAAAUUUUCUAGGGUUUACAUUGUGCUCAGCUACGAACAGUAACAAAGCACCGCUACAAUUGCGAGCAGGUUGCUGGCCGCGAGUAGCGAGCCGUGAGCAGGCCGCCAGCCAAGAGCAGCCCGCUAGCUGCGAGCAGGCCGGCGGCCGCGAGCAGGCCGGCGGCCGCGAGCAGGCCGGCGGCCGCGAGCAGGCCGGCGGCCGCGAGCAGGCCGCUGCCCGCUGGCCGGCGGCCGCGAGCAGGCCGCUGCCCGCGAGCAGCCCACUGGCCGCCGGCCUAGAGCACCCCAUUGGCCGCCGGCCUAGAGCACCACAGGAACCCCCAAGCAGGCCGGCGGCCGCGAGCAGCCCGCCGGCCGCAGGGCCCCUGCCGGCCUCGAGCAGGCCGCCGGCCGCAAGCAAUCUGCCGGGCGCGGCUGCCGGCCGUGUGAAAACGCAAACGAGAGAGGAGAAUAGAAGAUCAUACCGAGAGAUCGCGGAACGGGUGCACGGGAGGAAAGGGCGCCGAGAUCGCUCGAAGAGCCGCCGGAAAAUCGCCGCCGCCGCUGAGGGAAAGAUCGCGCGAAGAGGAAAGGGAAUUCUGUGCCCUAAAUCGAGAUUUACCGACGGAAAUAUACUUCCGUCGGUAAUCACCGACGGAAUGAUUAUUUUCGUCGGUGAUUUCGGCUAA